AUGAGUAUGAGCGUUUCCGUAAACACAAAAACACCUUUGUUUUCCGACGAGGAUCGAAUUCGAAACAUCGUUCGAACCUUCCGACAUAUUCUUGGUCAAAUACUCGACCGACCGGGACUGGAACUUCAGCAAUUAAAAUUCAUUUCAGACGAAGAGAAGAUACUACUGAGUGGCUGGAAUACACCUAUCCCUAAUCAGCCUACAUCUUGCGUCCACACAGCCAUCCUGAAGAAUUAUUUGAAAAGCCCACACAAACCGGCAGUCAACGCCUGGGACGGAGACCUUUCGUAUGGUCAGCUGAAUGAACUAUCGUCUCGCGUGGCACAGUAUCUGUGCUCACUCAAUCUACCACCAGGAACCAUCAUACCCCUUUGCCUCGAAAAAUCCAAAUGGGCUAUCGUAGCGGUCUUGGCCGUUCUGCGCGCGGGUGCCGCAUACGUAUUUCUCGACUCAAACUCGCCACAUGCACGCAUGAGGAGCGUCUGUGACAAUGUCGAAGCGGACUUGAUAAUUUGUUCUGAAACAUGUCUAUCAACGGCGAGCCAACUGGUUCAUCGCGCGAUUGCGGUGUCGGUGGUUGCCAUGGAUACUGCUAUAAGCAUAAAGGCCGGGCCAAAAGAUGAUCUAGUCGCAGUGAGCGAUCCUGUCUAUGCAGUAUUUACCUCCGGAUCAACAGGUAGACCGAAGGGCGUGGUGAUCGACCAUGGGGGCUUUUUCCAACGAGCCAUGGCGAACGGGCCAGCUCUGCAUUUGUCAGACGAGAGUCGGGUUCUCCAGUUCGCGAACUUCGCGUUUGACGCCGCAAAUCGCGAUAUUCUAUAUACACUUCUGUAUGGAGGCUGUAUCUGUAUUCCAUCUGAGUCGCAGCGAUCGAAUGACCUCACGGCAUUCAUCAAUCAGCAGCGAGUCAAUUGGGUUAGCAUAACACCAUCUGCUGGCAGAAUCCUAGAUCCAAAUGAGGUUUCAACUAUCCGGACGAUGAUUUCUUGCGGUGAAUCCAUGAGCACUGGGCUGGUAGCGAAAUGGGCAGACCGUGUGCACUUGAUCAAUUCAUAUGGUCCAUCAGAAGCUACUACGAUUAGCUCCAUGACCAUCGUCACUCAGUCAGCCAACCCAAUGAACAUUGGCAAAGGAUCGGGCAGUGUUCUCUGGAUUGUCGAUCCAGAUGAUCACAAUCGUUUGGCUCCAAUUGGCGCGGUGGGAGAGUUGUUGAUCGAGAGUCCUAGCGUGGGCCGUGGUUAUCUUAACCGCCCUUCAAAAACCGCGGCUGCUUUCCUUUCUGAGACGGAGUGGAUCUCAGAGUUUCGUGCUGGAUUUGCAGGUGGCCAUUUAUACAAGACAGGCGACCUCGCGCAGUAUGCUGCAGAUGGCACCGUUAUAUUUUCGGGGCGUAAAGACGGACAGAUCAAGAUAAAUGGUCAGCGCGUGGAUGUUGGCGAGAUCGAACAUUGGAUUCACCGAUCGUUACCAUAUGACACCGAGGUCAUAAUUGUUGCCGAUCUCAUUGUGCCGAAGGGGCGCGAUACUGGUGUGUUGGUGGCAUUUUGCGCCCCCGACAACGGCUGGACAGAUAAUGAUGAUCUGCAAGAGACCAUAGAGCGUCUAUCUCAUGAUUUGGAUGUCGGUCUGUCUGAGAAUCUUCCGUCUUACAUGAUUCCGAGGUUUUACCUGCCUGUUCAAGUCAUACCAACCACGGCGACCGGCAAGAUACAUCGUCAGCAACUACGUCAGCUCGGUGCAACGCAUACCAUUGAAGACUUGAUACAGAGUUCUCGUCACUCUGGUCAACGCAGCAACGGUUACAAUCAUGAGCUAGAGGGUUCUGUCGCCUCUGUGAUUUUGCAGCUAUGGUCUCUUGUCCUGGGCAUUGAUGAAUCCUCUAUUCAAAGGAAGGACAACUUCCUGAACUUAGGGGGUGACUCGGUCAUGGCAAUUCAAAUAGCAGUUCAAGCCCGAUCCAAUGGGCUUGACUUAUCAGUAGCGGAUCUGCUUGAGAGGAACACUCUGAAUGACCUGAUCAGUAUUGUCACUUCUCGGGCUAGGAUAUCACAGAUCCCCAUGGAUCCAGAACCUUUCACUCUAUGCAGCACAAGUACUGUCAACACUGUCCAAAACAAGCUUGCGCAUCUUGACGUCAGGAAUGGUAUCCUUGAUAUUCUCCCCACGACAGCAGCGCAGAACUUCUUCUUGACUCAGUGGUCACUCAGUUGUUAUCGCUGUGAGUUGAAAGGGUCCAUUGAUUCCAGCCGACUACAGGCUGCAUGCACAGCUGUUGUCCGUCGGCAUAGCAUUCUGCGAACGGUCUUCAUUCAGAUCUCCGAUGAUGAAUUUGUGCAGGUAGCUUUGAAGACCGCUGACCCCACACUAGAACGCCGUGAAAUUGCCAACGAGAACUUGAACGAUGUUUGCCCACCUUUAGCAGCGGAGCUGAUCACCGAGAUGUCUCCGACUGCCGGACGACCGCUGGUACGGUUUAUACUCUUGUCCAAAUCGGAUACCGAGCACGCCUUGCUAGUUCGCGUCUGUCAUGCCCAGUAUGAUGGUAAUACCUCGCCGAUUAUUUUCCGAGACAUAUCAUCGGCGUAUAAUGUCUGCAGUGAUGACAACGGCGACGGGACAAGCCUUCUCCCUGCAGCAGCCCCGUUUCAGCACUACCUGUACGCCCGCAAAGAGAGACAGAACUCACCUGACGACCCUACCAUCAAGUUCUGGCGAAAGAACCUUCAGGGUGCGCACAUGACGACGUUCACUUUACUCAGCUCAAUAAACAUAAACAGCGAACCAAUUACCCCCGUCGUCACUGAAGCCAUCGGCAUGCCGCUUCCCAGAGUUGUCGACAAUAUAACCCUGCCAACACUCAUCAACACAGCUUGCAGUCUUCUUCUAGCCGACGUAUUGGGUAUAGACGACCUCGUAUUUGGCAACGUAAUGGACACGCGUGGGGCAGGUGCCUUCCCAGGAAUCGAAACCACCCUCGGACCAUGCUUAAACAUCAACCCACUACGAGUGAGACUCGACGCGCGUGAGACGACGACUUUCCUCGAUCUCUGCCACUCGCUCAGUGAGCAAACGAUGCAUGUGGCGCGUUAUGCGGCAACAUGGGACUUGUCAGACAUCGUGGCACACUGUACUGAUUGGCCUGCGAACACGCAAAUGGGUUGCAUGCUGAAUCACACGCGACCUAAGACUGGUCCACCCCCACUGACCCUUGAAGGGGUGACUUGCUUGUCAAUUGAGAAAACGGUUGAGAACGACAUGGCGCGGCAGGUGCUGUUUGAGUGUAAUGCUGGUCGGGAGAGGCUGGAGAUACAGGUUGUGACUUCGUCUGCAGUGAUGGAUUUGGCUUCGGCGACUCGGCUUGCUGAGAGGCUUGUUGCUACUAUCUCGACGUUGUCGGAAGCUCCUGGAACUCUCUUAGCUGAUAUUCGUAUUUGA